AUUCUGAUAAGGACAAUAUAAGCGGUAAGACUAGUGCAUUAGGAAUGAUCAGUGCUAUGGUGCCUUUGAAUCUGAACUUCUUUGCUUUACAAAACUAUGCUAACAAACUUUAAGGUUGCAAAGUCAAGCACUCAGAAGUUAGGAAAUGUUACAAGUAAGCUUGCCCAUGCAACGUCAGUUUAGCCCCCACAUUUGUAUGCAGCUUCGGGCUGGAGUAUGCCCGGUACAGAUGGAAUGUUCAGAUAAUUUAGCUGCCCGACUCUGAAAUCUCUACUGAGCAUGUGCAAACUGAGAUUUGCAGAGACUCAUAAGUUGGCCAAAUUUAGGCACAUUUUCAUGGGGACCACAAAAGGCACAUCCGUGUCACACUGACAUCUGUGCUCCAAAACAGGGAGACACUAAAGCUCCUCAGUGAAACACUUAUAAGAAUUUUUAAUAUGGGCAAAACAAUACUUCUUCCUUUGUUCUUGGAAACCGCUGAACCAUUUUAGAUGAAACGUCUGAAAAAAGAAUAAAUCAACGCAAAAUAAAAAUAAAAAUGCAACCACCACCACCAAAUAAAACACAUAGCCUGAAGCAGACACUCACUUGGAAAAUUUCAGACCAAGUGGUUAAAGUUUGGCAAUGUUAUAAGCAACUGAAAAUGAAGUCUUACCGUGGAAAACGUUAGGCAACAGUAGCUGUCGGUAUGGGUACCCGCUCUGCCAACAGUAUUAGAGCGCUUUUCAAUGGUAGAUUUCCGAGUGUUCUGCAAAGGUGGGAAAAUGUUGCUAUUUUCACGCGAGGGGCGGGAAGCUGAAAGCACAGAGUGGUUAAGUGACCUGUCCAAAGUGGUAGAGUUGGGAAGAGAGCACAGACCUCUGGACUUCCAGUCUAGCGCCCCACCUCCUUUUUAUAGCUUAAACGGAAGUGAGUCUUUUCAGUAUCCUGUGAACAGGUGACAUACACCUAGAAUGGUGGCACCCCCAUGACCCUGCACUCUUGUGUUCUGUUACAGCUUUGCCAGGCCUGCGUAUGCACAGUAGAUGGUGCUCAAUAAGCUCAGGAUGAUGGGGCUGCUUUUAAACUGAAGGAGAAGAUGAGGUGCCAUUUUUCAGAUGGACAUAUUUUCUUUCUGAUACUUUGGUUAAUCCAUAUCGCAUUAUCAGCACCCAUAGGGCGACUGGAUUUUAUAUGGGGAACACAUACUGUUAGGUUUAUCACCUUCUCUCUCCUUCCCCCCAUCCCCAGCCUCCUUGUUUGUAUUGUUCACCUGUUAAGUCUUUUCUUCUGGAAUUUGGGACAGGAAGUGUCCACAACAGUGGUUCCCUUAACCCACCCAGCAAUAUUGUUAAUCUGUCCAGCUAUACUCUUAGCCCAGCAGAAGAAUCUGUCCUCUCUUGGAGCCUCUCCUUCUGCCCCUCCACCCCCAUGAACAUGAUACAGUUCUGUGGUGAUCUAGAAUCCUAUUUUUGACAUUUCCGACUCAAGGAAUAUUUCCAACACACCUCUGAACAACAUACUAACCCACAGAGACCCUCCUACCAAGACUACAAAAAGAAGGAUUCUAGGUGGACUCCUCCUGAAGGUCGAAACAACAGAGUGGACUUCCGACGUGCACGGGCUGAAAUUGUGGAAAAGCAGCAUCACUUGCCCCAUAACCUCAGCCGUGCAGAACACAAUGCCAUCCACAGCCUCAGAAACAACUCUGACAUCAUAAUCAAAAAGGCUGACAAAGGAGGUGCUGUCGUCAUCAUGAAUAGGUCGGAAUAUGAACAAGAGGCUGCUAGGCAGCUCUCCAACACCACUUUCUACAAGCCAUUACCCUCUGAUCCCACUGAGGGUUACCAAAAGAAAAUACACCAUCUGCUCAAGAAACUCCCUGAAAAAGCACAAGAACAAAUCGGCACAGACACACCCCUGGAACCCCAAGCAGGGGUAUUCUAUCUGCUACCCAAGAUCCAUAAACCUGGAAAUCCUGGACGCCCCCUCAUCUCAGGCAUUGGCACCCUGACAGCAGGAUUGUCUGGCUAGGUGGACUCCCUCCUCAGGCCCCACGCUACCAGCACUCCCAGCUAUCUUCGAGACACCACUGACUUCCUGAGGAAACUACAAUCCAUCGGUGAUCUUCCUGAAAACACCAUCCUGGCCACGAUGGAUGUAGAAGCCCUCUACGCCAACAUUCCACACAAAGAUGGACUACAAGCCGUCAGGAACAGUAUCCCCGAUAAUGUCACGGCAAACCUGGUGGCUGAACUUUGUGACUUUGUCCUCACCCAUAACUAUUUCACAUUUGGGGACAAUGUAUACCUUCAAAUCAGCGGCACUGCUAUGGGUACCCGCAUGGCCCCACAGUAUGCCAACAUUUCUAUGGCUGACUUAGAACAACGCUUCCUCAGUUCUCGUCCCCUAAUGCCCCUACUCUACUUGCUCUACAUUGAUGACCUCUUCAUCAUCUGGACCCAUGGAAAAGAAGCCCUUGAGGAAUUCCACCAUGAUUUCAACAAUUUCCAUCCCACCAUCAACCUCAGCCUGGUCCAGUCCACACAAGAGAUCCACUUCCUGGACACUAUGGUGCUAGUAAGCGAUGGUCACAUAAACACCACCCUAUACCGGAAACCUACUGACCGCUAUGCCUACCUACAUACCUCCAGCUUUCACUCAGACCACACCACACGAUCCAUUGUCUACAGCCAAGCUCUACAAUACAACCGCAUUUGCUCCAACCCCUCAGACAGAGACAAACACCUACAAGAUCUCUAUCAAGCAUUCUUACAACUACAGUACCCACCUGCUGAAGUGAAGAAACAGAUUGACAGAGCCAGAAGAGUACCCAGAAGUUACGUACUCCAGGACAGGCCCAACAAAGAAAAUAACAGAACGCCACUAGCCGUCACCUUCAGCCCCCAACUAAAACCUCUCCAACGCAUCAUCAAGGAUCUACAACCUAUCCUGAAGGAUGACCCAACACUCUCACAAAUCUUGGGAGACAGGCCAGUCCUUGCUUACAGACAGCCCCCCAACCUGAAACAAAUACUCAGCAGCAACCACACACCACACAACAGAACCACUAACCCAGGAACCUAUCCUUGCAGCAAAGCCCGUUGCCAACUGUGUCCACAUAUCUAUUCAGGGGACACCAUCACAUCAGCCACACGAUCAGAGGCUUGUUCACCUGCACAUCUACCAAUGUGAUAUAUGCCAUCAUGUGCCAGCAAUGUCCCUCUGCCAUGUACAUUGGGCAAACUGGACAGUCUCUACUUAAAAGAAUAAAUGGAUGCAAAUCAGAUGUCAAGAAUUAUAAUGUUCAAAAACCAGUCGGAGAACACUUCAAUCUCUUUGGUUACUCGAUUACAGACCUAAAAGUGGCAAUUCUUCAACAAAAAGACUUCAAAAACAGACCCAAUGAGAGACUGCUGAAUUGGAAUUAAUUUGCAAACUGGAUACAAUUAACUUAGGCUUGAAUAAAGACUGGGAGUGGAUGGGUCAUUACACAAAGUAAAACUAUUUCCCCAUGUUUAUUUCCUCCUCCCCCCCGUUGUUCCUCAGAUGUUCUUGUCAACUGCUGGAAAUGGCCCACCUUGAUUAUCACUACAAAAUGUUUUUCCCCCCUUCCCCCCCCCCCCCGCUCUCUUGCUGGUAAUAACUCACCUUACCUGAUCACUCUCGUUACAGCGUGUAUGGUAACGCCCAUUGUUUCAUGUUCUCUGUGUAUAUAAAUCUCCCCACUGUAUU